CGUCGCGUUGGGAUCGUGUUGGCUUUUUCGAACGAGCUACGAAAUUGCCCUGUUGACGAUUCGAGGAAUGUCAGUGGAUGCUAUGCAACUGUUUCGAGGACCGCCGACCUGGAGAACGUCGUCUAGGUGCGUUCGCAUCGUCCGUUCCGGAUGGCGCUUGGAUCGUCGUUACUUCUGUGAGAGCGACAACGGAUCUCGGCGUGCUUCGCAUUCUGGUGGUCUGCAUGAAGGACUCGAGCUUUGGGGCCUCGAAAGGAUGAGGCGGAUAGACGACGGCCAUGUUGCAAGACCACCUCCGUUCAGGGUGCUCGCGGCACCCGACGGGAAUUACCUGUCACCCCCAACGAUACCGCCGCCACCGCCGCGUGCACCCGAGCCCUACAAGGUCGCACCUUCCUCCACGUCGUCCUCGAGGGCGCACAGGCGAUCAAGUUUCGUUAUUAUCGCGGACUCGAGGCCUGUAUCCCCGGAAGCUAGGACCCCGUCACCGACCUUGGCCGCUGGCAGGGUCUCACCCUUUCGAGGACGGGGAUUCAAAGGACCUCCGCCGCGAUCGAGGUCCAGACCACAAUCCCCCGAGGCUGGGGACGGUCGAAGAAGGGGUAGAAUUGAUCGUCGAGUUUCAGUAUCGCAACAGAGUAGUCCGAGAAGGAGCCUAAUACCGCAACCAACGCGGCAGCGUUCGACGUCCCUCAGCAAAUCAACCGAGCGUCUCUCCUCCCCGAAGCUCGGUCGUCGCGUAGAUUCCAGAGGCCGUCUGAACGCCGCGGACUCCAGAAAUCGCCUAAAUGCCUACGGUAACAGCAACAGCAAGACGAACCUGGCCACGCGUCGCCAGGUCUCGAAGACACCCAGCAAAUUGUCUCCGAUCCAAGGAACUCCAACGAAACCUGAAAAAACACCCCAAACCACGCGCAGAGAUCGUUUCAAGGAAACCGCGAAGACAUCGCCGACGAAAACGCAGAAGGUGUUCGUCUCUCCGGCGAAGAAUCUCAAGAACUCGAGGAGGGUGAACCAGGAGAAGAAUUCAACGGCUGGAAGAACGACGAGCAAAGAACGCGUAACGUCUCCCUCGAAGAUUCCCUUGAAGACCAACAGGGUGAGCACUAAUAACUUGAACCCAGCCAGGUUCAUCACGAUUAAUCAGCCUAACGAGAAAAACAAGAAGCCGGUGGAUAAGGGGCAGAAAGAUGGUCGAACAAGUAACGAACAGACGAACGACACCAAUCAGAGUGGGAAACAACCGGAAGCAGGGCAGAAAGAGUCUCAGACUAGUGAGAAAAAUUCGAACACCGAGCAGACUGGCGAAUUAAAUCUGAUAGAUUUAUUAAGACAAACCUCGACUGCCACCGGAACUUCCAGCAUGGUGAACACCACAGCGACAACUGCUGUUCAACCUCUUCACAUCGACGCGAAUACAGUGCUUCUGGAGAAGGAUUCUUCGGACAAGAAGAGCCUGAAUCCCGAGAAGAAGAACCAAAGUGAUCCUUCCAGUGGUAAAUCUUCCAAUUCAUCGAACGAAGAUGUCGGUAAGCAAAACGCGAGCGAUGAUCAGCGUCCGAAUCCUCAGAAAGCUAGCAAACCUAACAGCAAUCACAACCGAACGAAAGGUGGAACAGAAAACAGGACGGAUUCCCCAGUUCCCAGUGAAUCCAUCGGUCAUUCGAAGAACAGCAGUAUCAGUCAGUCCUUGAAGAACGUUGGUAAAGUGAACAGUGCAACCACUGGUUCAGCUAAGAACAGGAGUCAAAACGAUCAGACUGUUAAAACUUCCAGGUCGAACGAUCAGAAGAUCGAGGAAUCGAAUUCGAUGAAAUCUCAGCCGGCUUCUAAUUCAGUUAAAAGUAACGAAAUCGAGUCGAAUGAUUUCAUUAAGAAUCAUUCGAGUAAUGGUACUCACAGGACAGUGGUCAGCAUCGGGAGUGCUGGGGGGGAUGUUAAAGCAGCUCCUAGGUCAGCUAACGAUUCGGAGACGAAGAGUGCGACGAAUUCUAGUUCGGCAAUGAAGAAUAACUCGGAGCAGAAUAAUGUGUCCGUCACGGUUGGUGCAGUGAACGAUGAUAGGAAAAAUGUGAACAGCUCCGGGGUGAAACCGCGAGCGGGGAAUCAUGGAAGUGGUAUGUCCGUGAAGUCAUCCGCGGGGGUGUCGGUCGAUUCGAUCGAAAGCGUUCGGUCCACCGACACCGGGGUCAGCGUGGACACUGUUAAAGGGGUGUCCUCGCCUAGGGAGAAAACCGGGAUGCACGUAGUGAAACGGGCCCAGGAGAUCGAGACCCUCAGUGGGAACGUGGUGCACUUGGAACAGAACGGAGAACCAGCGGUGCUGGCAGCAGCGAACGGCGUUGGCGAACGACCCCCCGAAAAGCUUUUCACUCGUUGGAAGAGAUCUUGGGAUCGUUGUGGCGAGUGCUGUCGCAGUAUGAGGUGUCUAGCUUGCCGUACUAAUCCAAAGGGAUUAGCCUGGCCCGGGAAACAUUCCAGGAUCACUACCUUGACGAACAGAAACGAACAGCUUCCGGCGAACAAUGCGAGCGACAAUGCACCCGUUGGUUGUUGGCCUAAAUUCAAGGACAGAUGCAGAUGCAAACGGCUCAGGGAUAUGAAAUGUUGCUCAAGAAAAUCGAGGAUCGCGCCUGCAGAGGCCAGUGUCUGUUGUCCACCGGAAAGGAAAUUCGGCGCUAUUUGUCGCCGGUUAUUCGACAGCUGUAAAUGCAAGAGAAACGCUGAAGUAGAACGCACAAGAAACAUACGUGCCAAGCACAGUCUUACCAGCGUAGCACCACCCCCAUUAUCAGAGGAACCAAAAGCUAAGAUACCGGAUGUUCUGGUAGAGCACAAUUCCCUAAUGCGUGGCGCUAUUCCAUGUCUACCAGUUCCUCUCGCCUGGUUUUGUCUCGUUUGGAACGUUCUACUGCCUGGUUCCGGUACCGUUUGGAGCGGAAUUUUCAACUUAUGCACAGGUCAACCGAGAUUCUCAUCAGUGGCUGGAGUGAAAUCGAGACUCGGGGCAUUCGUGGUAAAUCUGAUGGUUGGGGUUGGUCAAUUAUUCACUGUAUUAUUCUGCCUGGUUGGUUGGGGUUGGAGCAUUUGGUGGGGCGUUACUCUGGUCCGUUUAGCCAGAAAAUACAAGAGAUUCAAGGCGUCCGAAGCAGCCCUUAACGACCCCGAAGCGAGAGGCGGGGAACCAGCAGCAAUGCCCCCAGGUGUACCAAGUCACGCGCUAAGAGGGACGGAACGUACGCGAUAAUUAACGCGAUUUUUCACCCUUAUCGUACUAAGCGAGACGGUUUUUAUAUUGUCCUACAUCAACGAUUUUUCACUACGUGCCUUCUCGAUAACAAAAAGCUGCGAAUAAAGGAAUCUUUUUCCGCUUGAAGAUCCGCUAAAGAAAUCGUUAUUGCAAAUUCGAAUACAACCCUCGGGAAUUUUUUUCCUAGAUCAUCAAAUUUUUCCUACGAAAUUAUUGUGAAACGCGUCGUUUCGUUUCGCGGCAAAAAAGGAUUUAAGAAGAACGAAGGGGAAAUAAACGUUUGAAAAUCAACUCGCGAUCGAAACGAAGUUCUUGAAAAUUAAUCGCUUUCAAUGAAAGCAACCUAUUCGUGGCGUUCUUUCAAAAUGUACUCGUUGCGUCGAACGGAAAUUACCUUUUUAGUUUUAUUCGCAACGGUAAGAUUCUUUUAUUUGGAAUAAAAGAAACGUUCGUUAAACGUUUCACGAUGGAGUUUCAAAGAAAUAUAAAAGGGUAUUUUAUAUUUUGCUUUCUCGUUCUAUUUAUCAUUCUCGUCGUCGAUGGAAUAAAUACGUUUUGAAAAAACGUACUUUAUAUUUUUACAAGUGCAACAUAUAAUAUACGUAUACAUACAUCCAUAUACUCAACUAUUCGACUUAUUCAACUUACAAUUAAUAUCUGUAAAUAUGAAUUGUUCCCCCUUUUUCCAUUCCCUAAUUAAAAUAAAGGCUCUUCAUUUUUUUAAAUA